CAAGGCACAAACCGUAGCAGCAUGGGGGAGCCAGUGGGCCACUAAAAUCAUGAACGGUGAUGUACCAAUUUUGAGCGGCAAACCCGUUGAUAAUACAGAUGUGAUAGGGUUUUGGCGGGUUCACUGAAACUAUGCAGUCGCUACGAAGAUACGGACGCGACGCUGCUAUAAAACUUGUUGGAGCAGUACGCAGCAUGACUUCGAAACCUUCUCGACCUUUUACUGUCAUCGUCGAGGGAAAUAUUGGCAGUGGCAAAACCACCUUCCUCAAUCAGUUCAAGAGGAUGCCAGAAGUGAUUGCCUUGUCUGAGCCGGUGGAAAUGUGGCGAAAUGCCAAUGGACACAAUCUCCUGGACUUGAUGUAUGAAGACCCGUCCAAGUAUUCCAUGGCAUUCCAGAGCUACGUACAAUUGACAAUGCUGGAAAUGCACCAAGCUAAUUUUGACCCACCGAUUAAAGUGAUGGAACGUUCAAUCCACAGUGCCAGACAUUGCUUUGUUGAAAAUUUGUUCAAUGCAGGCUUUCUGGCUGGCGUGAACCGUGCUGUGCUUGACGAGUGGUACAAAUGGAUCUGCGAAACGCAGGAUGUCAAUGCUGAUCUUAUAGUCUAUCUAUACACUACACCUGAGACUGCUUACGAGAGAAUCAAAGAGAGGAACAGAAAUGAAGAAAAAAAGAUCUCAAUGGACUACAUUCGGACUUUGCAUGAUCUGCAUGAGAAGUUCAUCAGAUCCGGACUAACUAAAAGAUUCUGCAAAGCUCCGGUCAUCGAGAUUGAUGCUAACAAGGACCUGAGCGAACUUGUGCCCAAAUUUGAUGAGUGCAAGGACAUGAUCAUGAAGAGCUCUACUCACCAUGACAACCAGUUGCUGGAGCUUGAGACAUUGCAGUGAGGGAGACAACAGAUUUAAUUAAUCUUAAUUUUCCUUGAAGUAUUUAACUAGACUUCAAGUUCGUAAGGUAAUAUUCCACUGUGUUUUGUGUUCAAUUUGUGUAUGUAGUUAGCAAUAAUGAUUUUAUGACUGUUUACGAAUGUAAAAUUUAUUAGAAAAAUAUCUGUACAAUAUAAGUCAUCUUAUGGCAAAAA